GUAAAAGGGAAGUGAAAGUGGGCUCGCAAGAAAAAGGUUUGUGAAAAAUUUAGUAGGAUAGAGAUCAGAUCCCAUAUAUAGCUUAGGGCAGUAAAAGGGAAGUGAAAGUAGGCUCCUCUUCUCUCCGAUGAGUUCUCGAGAUAAGAAACCGGCAAAAGCAUCGACAAGUCGACCCGCUGGUGGUAUUCGGACCCUCUCCGAUUUGAAUCGCCCCUCCGCUAAUGAUUACGACAGCGAUUCCGAUGGCCCUCCUCAGGAGUACUAUACCGGCGGCGAAAAGAGUGGUAUGCUUGUUCAAGAUCCUAAUAAACGUAACGAUGUGGAUGAAAUAUUCAACCAGGCCAGGCAACUAGGUGGUGUCGAAGGACCCAUGGAAAAUCUUCGUCCUUCAAGCUCAAGAAGUUUUACUGGCACCGGAAGGUUACUUAGUGGGGAGCCAGUGCCAUCUCCGGCUGCUCCGGAACAACCUCAGAAUGUUGUCCACAACAUUGUUUUUUGGAGAAACGGUUUCACUGUAAACGAUGGACCUUUGAGGAGGUUGGAUGAUCCUGAAAAUGCACCUUUUCUCGAGAGCAUCAGGAAAUCUGAGUGUCCGAGAGAGCUUGAGCCUGCGGAUAGAAGGUCCUCGGUUCAUGUCAAUCUGAUAAGGAGGGACGAGAACCGUCCUGAGCCACAGGUGGCAGCCCAAGUUGCAUUUCAAGGUGUCGGAAGAACCUUAGGCAGGAAUUCCGAGGAAGCAACACUUGAUGCAAAUACUUCAAAUGCUGUUGCCACCUCUUCUGAAGGUCUUGUUUUGGACACCACCUUACCUACAACCUCGAUUCAGCUACGAUUAGCUGAUGGCACCAGGAUGAUUGCUCACUUCAACUACCAUCACACUGUGGCUGAUAUUCGAACCUUUAUUAAUGCAUCUAGGCCUGAUGGCCCAAGGUCUUAUCAGCUACAGACAGUUGGGUUCCCACCCAAGCCACUCACCGAUCCAAACCAAACCAUUGAGCAGGCGGGCCUUGCCAACUCUGUUGUCAUCCAGAAAAUCUGAAAAAUGAUUACUAAAACUUGAGUAAUGUGCGUUUUGAUUUGCAAACCAGGCAUUUCAGUUAUAUCAUUAGAACUCUUGUUUAAGAUAAGCAUAAGGGUUGUAUAAAUUUUAGAUUUAUAAAUUAAACUCUGUACGUGGAUUACCUACCUACCUGCUCUGCAAACAUUUUCAAAAUGAUCACCGAGUACUUUUUUUCUCA